GUGAAAUGUGAUGGCGAUCCUAGAGGGUGCGGGAAUUGCAAGCGUCUACAAUACGAGUGCUCUCUCUCCACGCCGCCUACCGAGAUUGAUACUCUAACCGGAAGCCAGGCUUGUCUGGAGCGGCGCAGAGUGAGAAAGGCAUGCAUCGCAUGCCGAGAUCGUCGAUCUAAGUGUAGUGGGUCGUUGCCAUCAUGUCUCAGGUGCUACCGGCUGGGUCUGGAUUGCCAGUACCCCAAUGCAAGACGGGCCAGCUCGUUGAGACAGACCGAUGACCCUGUCGUAACUCGUGGGCCAUCGGAUCAUACCGCCUCUAACGCCCCUACGAUUGUCAGCGGAGCUCAACCAGAACCAGCUGACCUGUUUGAGCCACCAACACAAGUCCCUGUGCCAUCGUUACGAGCACCAGAUAUCAGUAGGGCCGCCAUCAAGCAGUGCCUCGACGGCUUUUUUGAGUUCGUCUAUCCCAUCCCAUGCCUGAGUUUCCUGCACCGCGCAAGCACUUUCCAGGCAUGGUCUCAAGGCACGAUCAACUCGAGCCUCCUGAGGGCCAUUUGUAGUGUCGUAUCACCCUAUAUAUUCUCUGUUGAUGCCGCUCGGAGCAGUCAAGCGCGAGGGUGGCUGCAAGAGGCGGAAGACCAGCUUCUCGCCCGCUUCGGCGAACCCUGUGUAUCUGACAUUGAAGCAUGGGUACUAGUAGCUUUCAACCACGCAAUAGCCGGGCGGUUCGGGAAAAUGCUCGUGUCAAUGAGCCUUGUAGCAAGGCUGGCGUAUAUUAUGCGACUUCAUUGGGAGGACGAACGAAGCCCUUUUCUAGAGCGUGAGCGUCGACGGCGACUGAUGUGGGCAAUCUAUAUCCUUGAUACUCUAUACUCGAGUGCGAGGGAAGAGUUCACGUCAUGUCCGGCAAACACAAUCCGGGUCCAACUACCUUGCAAGGAGUUCUUUUUCACAAUGGAUGUGCCCGUUGUGACUCAAUCUCUGACAGUACCUCCUCAUGUCCAGAGCCCGUCUUCGACCAAGCUAGGGCUGAUGGCUUACUGCAUUCGGGUUCUUGAUAUCCGAGACCGAGUGAAUAGAACUUCUCUAGCAAUGAUCAACCACCAAAAACCGCUAGUCGAUUCCUUAAACACCAUCGGCAGCCUUGAGCAAGAGCUUCAGCAAUUUCAUAACUCCCUGCCUCUGGACUACCACUUCGACCAGAAGAAUUUCUUCCUCCGCGCAUACACUCCAUUGCGCACAACUUUCCUUAUGCUUCACGCCUGGUGGCAUCAGACGCAUUGUGACCUCUUCCGCUUCACCAUCCCAGGGUUCCGUGAAGGGCUCAGUGCAGCUGAUAUGGCUCAACUCUCACCAGAUUACCUCCGCAUUUGUCGAGCCAAGUGUCUGUCGAAUGCUCUUUCAGUAUCCGGCGUCCUCGAGCUAGGAAAUCAGCCUGGCAUCGAAAUCAUCACGGAUCCCUCGGUGGCUAUGUGUGCGUUUCACUCCUCGAGAAUCAUCUCGCGUCUCGGACAUCCGCCGUUGGGUAACAUGCCUCAGCAAGAGCUCAUCGAAAGACUCUCGACAUGUUUCGUCGCGCUUGAAAAGCAAGCCGAGGUGUAUCCGCGCUCCAGCAUCCUCAAAGAUGGAAUCAUGGAGCUUGUCGAAGAUGCGCGGAGGACGCCAAGUGGCUCGAUCUGGGAAGCCAAGGAGGACGAGAGGAUAAACACGGAGGCAUCUCCAUCCCACGCAAGUACAGCCUCGCAGGUCUGCGAGGUGUAUUCGAGAUUCAGCGUCACGGACGAGAUCCGUAAAAUGAGCUUUCAAUCUGAUGGAAAAUCCAAUAACCAAGGGGCUAGAAACGAUGAGAGACCACCAGAAACUCAACCGAUACCCGCAACUGACCUGGUCCGUGAAGAACAACAGGCUGUCACGGGCGAGAGUUCACUUGCACCUGCGAUACUGGACUCAGGCGUAGGAAUUCGCGUUGCAGAGGAGGACCGGGCGCCAAACUACAGUGUUCCUGUCAAUGAAGUAGUAGGUGGAGAGUCAGUUCCAAUGUUGAUGGGUGACAUGUUCAAUUUCGAUUUUGCCAUGGCAAUGGCGGCAAUCGACCCGAGACAAGCGCCUGCGCAACCAGACAUGUUCCUGGACUCGUUCUGGCCGAUUGCGGGGACUUUGAAUCCCUCACAGAGCAGCGAAGAUGACUGCCAUGGUGGAUAG